GACCGCCGAUGCCGUGUAUCUGAUAAGGCUGCGAUGACCAUCUUAGUUGCUCCGAGAUACCUGACCACUACUUGGUAGGUUACAGAUUUCAGGCAGUAGAGAGUCUGAUGCCCAUCAGCUUCGUCUCUUGCUCUUGAGGCUCGUCAGCACAUACGGAUUACAAAUAUCACAUACCUUACCCGGCCGGCAAGACGGUGCAGUGCAUACCGACCUACCUACAUAUAAGCUUUCGCAUUCGGCGAACUGCCGUCACGCCGAAUACAGCUGUUUCGACUCGAGAAGCCAAGCUGCUUCGUGCCAACAACCGACUCUUUCCCCCUUAACCCCCUAGUCCUCUGUCUGGCUUAGCGGACACACUGGGCAUCCGGGGCGAUCAGGAACCGAAGGGGCCAAGGGAAAGGGAACGGCCGCAGAGCAGUUCCAGCAUGGAUCCAUUGUGCCCCGGCAGCCAACAUGAGAAGUGAGGGACCUUCUGCGAAACAGUGUGUACCCGGGCCCACCCUCCCGCCUCGGCCCUCAUCUGCCCACUUCCACCGGCAUCCAUUUCCGCUUCGGCCCAAUCCGUCGGGCAAGCCUCCUCGCGAGCCUCCUCGCGAGCCUCCUCGCGAGCCAUCCCGUCUCCAGUCCAGCCCGUGGCGACGUCGACCGUCGCCGGCCCUGGGAACGAUGUCUUCGCUUCGGCGGUUGCUUCUCGUCUCCCUCGUCUCCGUCCUCUCCGGGGCCGGUGCCGAGGAUGCGAGGGUAUCACCAGCCGUCGCGAUCACCGAGCGGGAACUGGCCUCGCUUAUGCACCUCCACCUCACCGUCCCGGAGACAGCGGCACUGCAGUUAACAUACAGCGUUCACCCACUCACCGAACACGCCGGGCUGAACCUGAGCGACCGAAGUUCCAUUUGGGUCCACGGCAGCUUGGUUCCCGUUGAAGCCCUGGCCGACGCCGAUCUAAGAAAGGAGGAAACGAUAGUAUUCUUCAGCUGCGACAGCGAGAAUGCCACCGAGGUGGUCAAUCAGGUCAUGGAGGGCCGGCCCAAGGCGAUUCUGCUCUAUAGCCUAGAGCUGAAUGCGUGCCGUCUGGAGGGGGACGACCUGAGCUACGACUUUUUCUACACCAUGGGCGAUGCGGACGCAGCACGGGCGACAUUGAACAAUACCCUCCAGGCCGGUGGGAUCUUGCGCGCAACGAUCACCGGCGCUGACAACGUGACUAGUACGAUACCAGGCAGCCAAGACACGAGCGGCAGUCACUCGGCCGUCGCCAUGAGUAUCCUUUAUAGCAUAACGGGCCUCAUCACGCUGUUGUUCCUGGUCAUCAUCGGGACAGGGGCAAUCCGGGCGCACCGGUACCCCGAGCGGUACGGCCCGCGAUCGGGCCAAGGAGGGCGGCCGUCGCAGAGCCGCGCAAAGGGGUUGGCGCGGGCGGUCUUGGAGACACUGCCGAUUGUGAAGUUCGGAGACCCCGAGCCGCCCAAGGCCGAUCCGUCACUCGAGCUGGAAUCUCAGCCGCCGGCGACAGCGCCCGAUGCCUCGAUGGGGACGAGAUUGUCUGCGAUUCCGGAGGAGCCCCGGACGCCGCAAGUCCGCCAAAGCGCAGCGCCAAUGUCGGGUGCGGUACCCGCGCCAGAUGUGGCGCCUGCCGAAGAUCGAACUCCGGCGGGUGGGACAGGUGAGGAGCCGGACAAGGACAAGGAGGGUAACAAUUCCGGGGGCCUUUCAACAGAGGAACAUCUCGGCUGCCCAAUCUGCACCGACGACUUCACCGUCGGAGAGGAUGUUCGGGUCCUUCCUUGCAACCACAAGUUUCACCCGCCGUGUAUCGACCCAUGGCUGGUUAACAUCUCGGGAACCUGCCCGUUAUGCCGUCUCGAUCUGCGUCCUCAAGAUCGCCGAUCUAGCACUGGCCAUCGCCCAGAUAGCAGCAGCAGCAGCAGCAGCAGCAGCAGCAACAACAACAACAAUAAUAAUAAUCAUAAUCAUAAUAAUAACCACGAAAAUAGCCACGACAAUGAAAACAACGUCGACAACCACUUUCCCCUCUCUUCGCCGUCGAGCGCCACAUCACAACGGCACCGGCGAUCCUCCCGCUUCCUCGACCUCCACCGGCUGCGGCACGCCUCGGUAAAAGAGCGCAUCGAGAUUCUCAGGCGACACCGCUCGCAGCAGCAGCAGCUGCGCGAGUCAGCCGCCGACGGAGCGGAAAUGCGAGAGCAAGAACAACCACAACCACAACCACAGCAACAACAACAACAACAGCAGCAGCAGCAGCAGCAGCAGCAGCAGCAGGAACAGGAGCAACAGCAGCAGCGUGCCCGCAGGACCAGCCACCUGCUGGGACGGUUGCACUUCCGCCCGGGAUCACGCAGCCCUCCCCCUCCUUCUUCUUCAACGACACAUACUUGAUUCGACCUCCGCUGCUUUUCUUUUUCCUCAUCUAAUGUCUUGGUCUACACCUCUGGUCCGAGUUACGUGCUUCGGUGCUUGGUUGGGCAUCGGGGCGGUUGUC